AUGAGAGCCCUAGUAGCUGCACGGCCAUUGUUUUCCGAUUUGCCGAGUUUUGUUCGAUCAUGGCUUCCACCUUCAAGCUUCAGGGCGUUUGCUUCUGCUUCUUCUCCGUCGGAUUUGGAUCUCCGGAAUCAAUCUCGCGGUGGCCUUCCUCGAUUCUUCUCCGAUGAUCUUCCUUCUCGCAAGGCACGCUCUGAGUUUUGGCAUAUGGCUAAAGUUCUAAGAAUGAAAACAGAUGACAGGGUAGAACUCUUUAAUGGCAAAGGAGGUUUGGUAGAAGGUUGUAUACAAAGCAUAGACAAAACUGGAGUUGAUUUUAUCGCACAAGAAGAUCAGAAGGUGAUCCUUCCUCAGGGCAUGCAGUGGCAGGUGUUUGCAGCUUUUGGCACUUUGAAGGGUGGUCGAGCGGAUUGGCUAAUUGAGAAAUGUACAGAACUUGGAGCAAGCAGUGUCACACCACUUUUAACAGAAAGAUCUUCCAUAAUCUCUGAAAACCGGGUUGACAGAUUGGAACGUGUUAGUUUUGCUGCUGCUAAGCAAUGCCAAAGGCUACAUCAAAUGGUACUGAGCCCUCCAAUCAAAUUUAGUACCCUCUUGGAUCAUAUUUCCAAGUCAAAACUAUGUUUGGUUGCUACAGCAGAAGCUACACCACUUCUCAAUGCAGUAAACUCCUCAGCAAAAGAAUCCAGCGGACUAUUAAUCGUUGGACCAGAAGGCGACUUCACGAAGAAAGAGGUGGAGUUGAUGUUGGAAGCAGGCGGCACAGCGGUUGGACUUGGGCCACACCGGUUGAGAGUUGAGACUGCAACCAUUGCUCUUCUGGCAACUCUAGUGAUGUGGUCUGACUCUCAAGAAAUGAUCUAA